ACCAACAGAGGCGUUGCUGCUAGAGGCCAUGACGUGAGGAAAAAAACCCCAAUCUGGCCACCCCCAACGCUUGUCUCCUCCUUCUCACACCAUUUCCUCCCCGCCGAUUACGAUGUGAUAGCUGGCACGUCUUGCUACCAAAGUUUGCGACCUAGACCGACUCCAACCUUGACGACCUCGGUGAAUCCUCAAUAAAGCCAUCUCCUUCGUCAUGGCGCCCAAGUCCUCCAAGACCGCUCACGACGACACCAAGUCCGAAGCCACAAGCGUGAAAGAGAAGCAUACAUCUGCCUCUGGCGCCCAACACUCGAACGGAAAACUGCGCCGUGUGGCUAGCUCGACAGGAUCCCAACUGCGGGAGGUUACAAACGCCAACGCUGCUGCGGAUGUUCCAGUCGCCGCAAAAGAGAAGGCUCCAAACCCCGGGAUACAAUGGAACACCUUCAACCGAGACACCCUACAUGCAUACCGGCGCGAACACCAUAUCAACACCCCUACCUCGUUUUCCUGUUCAUACCGUCAAUUGGUUCUCUCACGACCGGGCGGCAUUGGCCUACACUCCCCCACAAUGGCUCGCAAGAAAGAGAACAGAAGGCAAAGCAAAGAACAGCUGGCAAUGACUGUGCGGAAGCACUUCAACGGGGUUGGGAUCCAAGAGAACGAUGUCAUCGUCGACUUCAUCCACAAAGUCAGGAGCCAUGCCAUUACGAAAAGCGACCGCCACAAAAGGUCUACUUCGACACCUCACGACGCAUGACAACCUUGUAUGACGGAUAUAGGAUUGCAUUGGAAACUUAAGGCAUCAACGAGGGCUGAUUGAUAUACGACUGUGUUGCUGGAGCAUAGCCUGGCCGGCUGUUUGGGCGAUUUGGACUGCAUAAUGAUACCUCACCAUGGGCGGGAGACCCCAUGACGAAAGACGGCGAAGGCAAGAUCCUUUGCCGUAGUUUUACAUAGCUAUGAUCUGUUGCCCACCUAUACAGUAAUGGGAUUUUGGAG